CAGGAGCUUAACCUACAACAAUAUUGCUUUGGACGGAAAUAUCAUUACUGGAUAUAAAUGAUCGUUUGGAUUCUGUUAUUUUGUUGAAUCAACAAUGUAUAGUGGACGAGAAACAGGACACGUAUGGAUUCGCAUUGUCGCGCUCCUUUGUCUCUUUGACUGCUCAGUUUCGCAGUUAUCCUACUCGAUUUCCGAGGAGGUGAACAAAGGCACCGUAGUGGGGAAUAUAGCAAAGGAUUUCAACAUCAACCUACAGGAAUUAGAGGCCAGGGAUCUGCGUAUUGUUUCGAGUUACAGUAAGAAAUAUUUUGACGUCAAUCGACGGACGGGUAACAUCUUUGUUGACGAGAGAAUAGACAGGGAAGACAUUUGUCCCAGUGUGGAAAAAUGCUCGUUAAAAAUUCAGGCUUUUUUAAAUAACCCCAUGACUGCACACCGCAUAGAUAUCAAUGUUUUAGAUAUAAACGAUAAUUCACCUGCUUUUAUAGAAAAAAUAUAUCAUGUGAAUAUUUCAGAAUCAUCCUUAACAGGAGAGCGAUAUCUUCUCCCAGUAGCAGUAGAUGCAGACAUCGGCAGUAACUCAGUGAAGAGCUACAAGCUCAGUCAAAAUGAACAUUUCUCUCUCGAUGUACAGAGCGGCGGAGAACACGGUGUGUCUGCUGAGCUAGUGCUGCAGAAAGCUUUAGAUCGAGAGAAACAGUCGGUAGUUUCUCUUUUUUUAACGGCUGUAGAUGGAGGGAAACCGCCUCGAUCAGGUUCAUUACAAUUAAUUGUGAACGUAAUCGAUGUAAAUGAUAACAUACCUACUUUCAGUAAAUCGCUUUACAAAGUGCGAGUCAAAGAAAAUGUGAUGUCUGGGUCACUAGUUAUUAAGUUAAAUGCAACCGAUUCAGACGAGGGCAUGAACAGUAAGAUCCUUUAUUCAUUAAUCAAAAGAGGAAAUGUUGAUCCAUCAAGUAGUUUUGAUCUAAAUUCAGAAACUGGAGAUAUUACUGUUAAGGGGGCGUUGGAUUAUGAAGAGACAACUGCUUAUGAAGUCAGAGUUCAGGCAAAGGACCAAGGCACCUCACCGCGUACUGCGCAUGCUAAAUUAUUGAUCGAGAUAAUUGAUGUGAAUGACAAUUCCCCAGAAAUAUCUGUGACGUCACUAAUAUCACCCGUUAAAGAAGACGCUGAACUGGGGACAAUAGUUGCUUUUAUAACAGUGACUGAUAAAGAUGGAGGAAACAAUGGUGUAGCUAACUGUAAGGUAGAGGGCUCUGUUCCCUUUAAACUCAAGUCCAACUACAAAAAUGAUUAUUCAUUAGUAGUAGAUGGACCAUUGGACAGAGAAAACACAUUUAUUUACAAUGUCACCAUUACAGCUACAGAUGAAGGAAGUCCACCUCUGUCCAGCAACAGGGUCAUUACUGUUCAUGUUUCUGAUGUCAAUGACAACGCACCUCAUUUCACGGAGUCUGUGAUUAAUGUUUAUGUGAAAGAAAACAGUCCAACAGGAUCAACCAUGUAUACAAUAAAAGCGUUUGAUCAUGAUUUAGACGAUAACGCAAAGCUCACGUACACGUUAAUAGAUACUUCCCCAAAAACGAUUCCAAUUUCAUCUGUUGUAAACAUAAACUCUGAGACUGGAGAUAUAAUCAGUCUACAGUCCUUUAACUAUGAGGAGUUAAAAACGUUUCAGUUCAAAGUUCAGGCCACAGACUCUGGUGUUCCUCCGCUCAGCAGCAACGUGACAGUGAACGUUUUUAUCCUGGAUGAAAAUGACAACAGCCCCGUGGUUCUUGCGCCCUAUUCUGAGCACGGCUCCGUUAACAGUGAGAGCAUCCCCUAUAAUGUUGAAGCGGGACACAUUGUGGCAAAGAUCAGGGCUGUAGACGCAGACUCUGGAUACAACGCGCUGCUAUCGUAUCACAUCUCUGAGACCAAAGGAAACAACCUCUUCCGGAUCGGAACCAGCACCGGGGAAAUCAAGACUAAGAGGAGAAUGAGUGACAAUGACCUGAAAUCUCACCCCUUGGUGGUGCUGGUUUCUGAUCACGGAGAACCCUCCCUGUCAGCUACUGUGUCUAUAGAGGUGAUGGUGGUUGAAAACUCAGCUGACAUCCAGACUCAGUUCAGACAUGUGCCCAUAAAGGACGAGAGCUUCACUUCACUAAACCUGUAUCUGCUGAUCGCCAUUGUGUCGGUGUCAGCCAUCUUUCUGCUCAGCCUCAUCAGUUUAAUAGCUGUCAAAUGCCACAGGACAGACAGCAGUUUCAGCAGGUACAGCGCCCCCAUGAUCACCACCCACCCUGACGGGAGCUGGUCUUACUCUAAAACUACACAGCAGUAUGACGUCUGUUUCAGCUCAGACACGCUCAAGAGUGACGUAGUGGUUUUCCCCGCACCGUAUCCACCUGUAGAUGCAGAGCUGAUCAGUAUUAACGGAGGAGACACGUUUACCAGGACUCAGACUUUACCUAAUACAGAGAAGGUGAGUUGCACACUGCAGUGAAUGUUUGGAUACUUGGCUUGGGAUUUAAUGAAUGUAACAUACAUUUUAGUGACAGACUGAUAUUACUAAGCACUUUUGAUACAAAUCAUUUAAAGCCAGAACAUAAUGUAUUUCGUUGAAACAAACCAUACAACCACGCUUUAUAAAAUCAGUUUUCAUAAAGGACCUGUGCUCAUUCAGAUAAACAUUUAACCUUUUGAAUGGCAUCUUGUUUACCUUACUGAAUUUCUCGAUAAAACUUGCUCGAUCUCCAUGAAGGAAUGCACGGCCUAUACGCCACAUAGUUACAUGACAUCUAAUAGACAGAAUGCGUUUGUUCGUUUUGUG